AUGGCUUCGCUGGCCAUGUGCCCGCCUGAAAUCAUCUUGCGCAUUGCCCACUACCUAGACGACAAUGAGCAUGACCUUGCAGCACUAGCACUGGUCUGCCGCGCAACGUACGUUGUCGUGAACUUCGAGAUAUACCGGGGCGCAUGGAAGAAAUAUCCCUACCUUCUUUGCUGGGCAAGUGAGUUCGGAAAGCUGGGUACGGUCAGGACUCUUCUAGCUGCUGGAGCAAAUGCAAAGACCCCUUGGGGAAGAGGAGGAUGGCCCUGGUGUGUGAUAGAUGGUGGCCAUCCGCUUUGCUCGGGACUGAAGGCCGGCCACGCCAAGUAUUCGCCCGACUACAUGCUGUAUGAGUUCUACGGCCACCAGGGCCGCAAAAAGGCCGUGGAGAUCAUACCAGACCGACACCCAUCUGGAUUGGACGUCGGCGUCGACGACCGCGAUACCCAGCCGCCCUCUUCCCCUCAGGAGGAGGAUGAAGAUGUAAGCACGGUUGAGAUGGGAGACCAGCACUUGGAGAUGUUUGAAGAUGUCAAUGGCGGUGUCCUAGAUAGCCAAGACGCCGGUGCUAUGGACGGCGAGCGACCCCUGCCAUUCACAUCUCGGGGGUGGAUGGAAGACGAUCCCGGCUUCCCAUCCCUCAACCUCGACAGUCUACUCGCAGGAACUCAACAGGAUCAGGCAUGGAUCGAAUCAGGCCAGCAAAUGGCUUGGUGUCCGCUGCAUCUAGCGGCGAUGGGCGGGCAUGUCGCAGUCGCCGAGCUUCUCCUCGAUCAUGGCGCCGACCCAAACGCCAUGGGCAGGAGAGUCUGCGGGUGCAGGCACGCAGCAUUGAACUGUGCGGACCGUCACAGUACUGCGGACGGUUUAUCUCGGGAAGAAGAGGCAAACAAGGAGCUUAGAGAUCGGGACGUCAUCGUCACGCCACUGCACGUCGCUCUCUGCCACCAACAGCAGGAGAUGGCACUGAUGCUUCUCCGGCGAGGUGCAGCGCGGACCUUUGACGCAGAGGCCUGGAAAUCACACGCGAUCCACACGGCAGCUGUCCAUGGCUGUCUCGAUGUCAUCAAGUUCCUAGUCGAAGAAGACGACGACACCAUCAACCUCAAGGACUUGACAGGCCUGACGCCGCUCUAUUACGCCUACUCGACCCGUCAACGAGAGACCUUCCUCUGGCUGCUAGAGCACAGACAACUCCGCGUGGACGCCCGGCUGGGCGCUGGUCUCACGCUCUUGCACCUCGCUUGCAUCGACGGAGCCUUUGCCAUUGCCUGCCGUCUCGUCGAUGCCGGCGCGGACGUGAACUGCGCCUGGUCUCGAAAGAUCAUCCCCUACUUGGGAAAGCUACGUCCCCUCGAGGUGUGCUGCGCCCUGCACCACAGCAAGUCUCGCCGUCUGUACGCUGCGGGCGACGCCCUGCUCCAUGAACGCAGGUUUGAGCUGCGCAGGCUCGAGCUAAUGAAGAAGCUCCUCAAUGCGGGCGCCCGCACGGGUCCGAUCGAGCGCCGCGCCAGAUUAGUAGGUCAUGGCCCGAACGUGGCCGUGUCGGCCGUAACCCUUGCGGCAUCACACCACUCUGUUCCCAUGCUGCAGCUGCUGGCCAUGUCCGGCGCUACCAACAUGGCGCAGGAAGCCUCGGCGGUCCACGAGGCCAUCUACCCGGCCUCCAUGCGGUGGCGUAAGGCGCACCCAAGCCGCAACCCGCUGACCACGCUCCGAUGGCUCGUGGCCCACGGCGUACCUGUCGAAACCGACACCGACACGGCGGCCGAUACGAUGGCGGUCGUCUGCAGCUUGCCUCCCACGAACUUCCCAUGGAAGGCUGAUGUCCUAGAAUGGCUUCUGGAUCACCAUGUCCACCCUGACCAUCCUAUCCUCGUCUCACUCAACCGGUCCUCGACGCGUCGCAAGCAUCCUAUGCUAGUUCCUCCCGACAAGAUUUACCCCCGCGUCACGACGGGUUUCCAAGAAGCGCUCAUGGUGCAGGACUUCCCUGCCUGCAAGGCCCUUACCCGCCGCGGCAGUUCCUACCUCAAUCUUAAGGAUGCGUUCCGGCGCGUGCUCGAUCGCAUCAUGGCGGACGGGCCCCAUUCCGUCGACGGCUGGCCGUGUACCAUUUAUUCGGACCCGGAGGAGCGCCGCCUGGAAAGCAUUAAGUGGCUGGCUUUUUUGCUGGAGGUGGAUGAGAAAGAAACCAUCAAGAAUUCCCCCGACACGUUUUGGCCUCUCUUCGCUGCAAGGGAAGUGCCUCCGUCCGACCUUCUGCUCGCCACUCCCCUCCCCUCUGAAGACGCCAUCAUGAAAAAAUGUACCGCGUACCGCCGCGAAAAAAAGCUGUGGGAGGAAUUCUGCGAGAUGCGGCGCCAAUAUGAGGAUUCUUCAACCAAUGCAUCUCGGCAGACCUACUCGGACUUGACAUUUCGCCUGUUCGUCGCCAUCCUCCUGAACAACUGGAACGCCGCGCACUUUCUGGCGCUCCGGCGUGGCGAACGCGACGCCCACGACGACGACGGCCUGUUCUGGGCGAAUUCCGGCGAGGCUCGGGAAUACUUCCGUGCAGUGCUGGAAUCUCUCCGGCAGGCCCCUCUCCCCAGCAGCAUCGGUCACGGCGCCUACCAGGCUCUCCUAGCCCGCUGGAACAAGGCAUGGCAGCGGGAAGACCGGGCCAUCGCCGAUGUGCGCACAGUGCUCUUCCACGAAGCAUGCGAAGGACCGCUCGACGCCGUUACGCUCUUCCUGAAACUGCCUGACCGCAACGGUGGCGGCGACGAGGAUGAUGGUGGUGGUAGCGACGACCAGGGUCACGGAGACAUCAAGCACCAUGGCAGCCAGAACAGCGGGAACAGCAGUAGCAUAGACGUCAACGCCGUCGACGGCAGGGGCGACUCGGCGCUGCACCGGCUGCUCAGCUACAUCAUUUACGAAAUGCGAUUCAAUCAUUCAGACGACGGCAGCGCCGCGAGGCAACUGAUGGCGCUUCUGAGGGCCGGCGUAGACCCGAGAAUCGUCAACGAUGCCCAAGAGUGCGUCUUCAGUCACUUGCGGUUUGUGAAGGACCAGCUAUUCGGGCCCGGUCUGCCCAAGGGUCUUGAGGUGGUGUCGGUAGUAGAUAAUGCGCGUUUGUGGCAUCUAGGAACGGCGGAGAUUACCCUGCGGUUUGAGGGGUUGGAGGAAACAUUUGCCUACCCCCCCUCCUUAAAUGUCGGUGAUCUCAGGCCAAAGACUGCCACUGCCGCCUAG